CAAGACCAUCUAUUUUGUUGGCGACUCUUACAUGCGACAGAUCUACACGUCACUCUUGGCCAUCCUGAGAAAAGACAAACCACGACACGUUCUCACAGACAGUGUAUCUGAAGGUUUGUUAAGUGUCUGUUCUCUUCUGGUCAGGUCAGAUCUGGUCAGGUCUGAUCUGCUCUGGUCAAACACACCUGAAGAUGACUAUAAACAUAUAUUUUUUUCUCUCUCAAGCCUUAUCAAGAAAGCCAGUAAUAUCACACAAACUAAAAAUCUUUCACUUGAGGAAUUAUUUGAAGAAAAAAUGCGCUAUUGUGAAACGUGAUUUUAAAAAAAAAUGGAUGAUUUAUCCCAAAUACUUCUUCAACUACUUCAUGAAACAAUUCAUCGAAUACUUCAUCAACUACUUCAUCACAGAUACCAAAAAAUCAACUCGAUCAGUGCCAUUUUUUUCUUCCUAAAGGUUGGACAGAAAGAUAUACAGAUUAUUUUGUUCCCCAGUCUGUACGAAUUUACCAGUGUGCUCUCACAGCGAUUACCAAAUCUAAAUGAUCAAAAAAUUAAGUUAUUAUUGUCACUGAAGGAGUUCAUUUAUGGCUGAUAUCUACACUGGAGAACUAUUAAGCCGUCUUGUGUUUCAAUUGUUCAAAUUGUAAAAUGCUGUCUUGGUUAGAAAUAUAUAUUUAUUUAUGUGCUAAAAUGGCAUAUGAUCAAUGCAAUCCAAAAGCAUUUCCGUUUAUUUGGCUCAAAACAUAAUCUUAUCUUAUAUUAUUAUUUAUUCAAGAGUUAUCAUAUAUUUUUUAAAAAAUUGUACACACCCUCUUUUUAUAUCAUUAAAUAACAAAAUCUAAUUUUGCGGAGUCUUUAAGGAUCGUAAAUGUUAAGUUUGUACAGAUAGUGAAAUCUCGGGUUACGAGCAGAUUUAUUUCCGUGACUCAAUUAUAAAACCAUGAUGUUUGUCAUGAAGCAAAAAGUGAAUUAAAAAAUUAAAAAACCAAAAAACCUAGAACUCCGUUCCAACAAAAAGCCAGAAUCAAAUUUAAAAUUACAACCCAAACUACAUAUAGAAAACAAAAGGUGUGAUUCAUUUUAAUAGUUUUAUUUACAUUAUUUUUUUUUUCCGAUUCAAACACAGGUAUUAAGUAUUUAGUUUUUAAAAGUUAGUCUAAACAAAGGACCCCUGUGUUUCGAAAUACACAAGUUCACAAAAAUUGAGUUUGCCCAACAGCUUGUCUUUGGUUACAGGGGUUCUCUUUGUAUAUAACUUUCUAGCCAAACAAGCCUAAUAGUUUAAUUUAAUGGUGUCUGUGUAGCUAAUGAGUGGAACGGUAGAGGUGGGGGGGAAAAGUAACGUUACGUGUCCCCACCUUACCAAAAUGUAGACAUGUAACGUUACUUUCAUAUAGUUUCUUUGAAAAUGUCCCGCAAUAGUAAAAACAUUUUGAAUGGAUGGCUCGGAUUUUUACUAUUGCGGGACAUUUUCAAAGAAACUAUAUGAAAGUAACGUUACAUGUCUACAUUUUGGUAAGGUGGGGACACGUCGGAUGAUCAUGAAUUGAACAAACCUGAGAUUGCUGGGUGAGUUGCAUCCGACACAGUUACGCCAAUACACGUAUGUCCCAAGAAACUUUUAUGCCCCACCUGAAGUCAGUCACCAAGUUUCCCUAGUCGUAUCCGUAAAAUGAUAAUAUAACGUUUUGGUCGCGUAACUUUUAACAACAUGAACCACCUAAUCCCUAACAACCCAUAAGGAAGGUAUGCCCUUUGUCAUAAUAUCUAAUGACAUGUUACUUCUGAUAUUGUUAUGUAGUACUUUUCCACACUUGGAACAUAAAUAAAAAAAGAACACGUCUCUGAGAAAUACUACGUUAAAGUGUUUUUAAAGAUUGUGGGGCAUUUUAAAUCAUGGCACAUUUCCUUCAGUCGACUUUUCAAGUAAAUAAGAUUACACGUAAAAAAUACAGGUCUACUGAUUUAAAAUUCAAUACUAGAAUCCUAGUCAAUACCGAUUCAACCAUCCCACAACGAGAACCACUCAACUAACUUGAGUUACCUUACCAAACUCUACAAGACAAGUAUUUCCAAACAAGAAAAAAAAUACCCAUAACCCCAGCUUGAGAACCAAUCAAAAUAAAUAGACGCAUAACCCAACAAGACCACUCAUUAGGAGUCAUUAAACAAAUUUCUAUUUUUAAAAUACACUCCCUCAUGCCUAUCGAUCCCUAACCCAAGUAUGAGAACCAAUCCAUAAACUUAAUUAAACCAGUCAACGACAAGAAAACUCACUAGAAACUUCGCAUUAAACUAUCAAAACCAUUAAAAUUACUAAAAAAGGAAGAAAAAACCUUCCCUCAUGUCAAACGACUCUUUGCCCAAUUCUGAGUACCUCUCAAAAUAUAACCCACCAAGAAUACUAAUUUAAAAUACACACAACAAAAUUACUAAUUAGGAACAAAAUUUGGUCCUAGAACUAGCAAAAGAUGAAGAUUAAAAAAACACUUAUCAGGACAACUGACCCCUAACCCAAAGUUGAGAACCACUCAACCAACUUUUUAAAAAGCCAUUAUACUACUGCUACAACCCGCCCCUAGAACUAUUAUACAACUUAUAAGCCAAGUAUUUGUUGUGUAUCUCUAUGUUGUGUUUAAGAAAACUAUAAGAAGUGAGAACAACUCAAUAGAAAAUACAAAAAAGACCUCCCACAUUUUGAGAAUCACUCAAAAUAACAUUUUUGUACCACAAGAACAUAUAUAAAAAAUAAAAGAUGAAAAAUAAAAAUAAAGACAAAAUGACCCCCACCCCUUGAGAACCACUAGUUAAAAAACCAUCUAAUUAGCAUACUACAGACCAAUAUUUGUCAAUAAGGUCUUGUAUUUUUAAUCUUAUUGACAGAUAUUGUCUUGUAUUUGUAAUAACACAUUGAGAAUCCUAAUUAAAACCAAAAUUUAAAAAGUAAUUAAUUUCAAAUAGAAACCAAAAUGGACCUUUACACAAUGAGAACCGCUUGUUAAGAAGACAACUUAUUUAAAAAUUAAAAAGAUAUGAAAUUAAAAUUAAUUAAGAGCACAACAAGAAGAUUAAUUACAUAGCCCACCAGGGUGAGAAUACUAAAUUAAAAAAUUUAUUACAAAAUUAAUUACUUAGUUAUCGCCCCAACCAUCUUCUUAAUUAAGCUAUUAAAAUCCAGCAAAUAUCUCAUUAAUUAACAUGUCAAAAAGCCGAUAUAACCCGCCGAAAUACGCUUCGUUUCGACCUUAUACUACUACUGAUGAUUGCAUUCUAGCUCUUCUUCUACGCCCCUUUCAUUCCACGCCCAAUCAUUGUUAUUGCAAUGCCUAGGCACGUUUUAGCGUAGGCAGUCCGCUUAAAGGAGCCAUUGACAUGAUAUGAUACUUUGAUACUUUGAUACAUUUUUUGAAACAUGAACGCUUGUCUCCGCAGAGAACUUUGCAAAGUGUGACAACUACUACCGUUACUUCGCCGACUGCAGACACUACCUGCUCUGGAAUACGAAAGAAUGCAACGGAACGGUAAGGGGACGUUCUCGAACGCCCACGACCGGGGAGCAAGGGGGGGGGGGUUGUCACUCUACAAUCGUCCAGUGAUCAACGUGUUGGACACGUGCCCAAAGAAUAUGACACUCCAACGGAGAAGACUGAUCGAUAAUUUCUUCUCUGAAUGGAUUAUUCUCCGCAAAACAAUCUUCCUCACACCCAUCUACCCCACUCUAACCCCCCAGACCCCCACCCCCGCACACAAGCAGAUUGCCAACACUGAAGACCCUUCACUGGAAUAAUUCCGCAUACAUAAAUGCCCCAUAAAUAAAUAUUUUCCUGUCUAUGGAAUUUGAGCACUAUGUUUGUAUUUUUAUGUCAAAUUUUGGAAGUAGGCAGAUUACUUUAAUUAGUUUAACUAAGUUCACGGGUCGCCUCUAAAUACCCCACAUAAAAAAAGGCAAAUAUGUCAAAUCAAGAAUAUCAAUAUCGUGUGUUUGUUUUUUUGUUACUUUCGCUAUUUUUUAUAAUGCUCCAUCUCGCAGAGCUUCCUACUAUCAAUUAUAGCUCAACCCUACAGAUAGUCUAACACUAAGUCCAAAAAGUUUUAUCCUACAUUUCAGUUGCAACUGAACAUGGAGUACUCGUAUCUAGUGGGUCACUUGGGCAAUUUCAUCAGACUCGUCCAGCAGCUGCGCGGGAAGCCCGACUCCUGGUUUUUAAUUGGGAUUGGUUACCACGAUAAGCUGGACGCCGAUCUGGUCAUUCAGGCGGUGAGUAAAUGAGUACGUGUAUCAUAUGUGUCACAGGC